UGAAUUUUCCUUCAGAAAAUAGAAAAAAUUUAAAUAAAUAGAAAAAAAAAGCGCCAAACAAUUUCUCAGUGAGCCCCAAUGUGUUGGUCAGCUCCGAGCUUCUUUCUUCGUUCAUCGGCGAAUGAACUGAUGAGAUGAGUGUAGUCCCAAAUCCAAUCCCAAUUCCCAAAUUCCAGCUUAGGGUUUCAGCUUCCACAAACCCAACUAUCAGAUUCGCUUCACACGACACUUCAACCACUUCUCCUCUCGCCCUGUGGACUGCCUCCGAGAUUGCAGAAGCCGUUGGCGGCAGGAUCGUGAAAUGGGGUCCUCCAGGGACCGUCUCUGCCGACACGAGGACCCUCCGACCCGGCGAGUGGUUCUUCGCCAUUUCCGGCAAGAACUUCGACGCCCACGAUUUUGUAAACCCUCAGUUGCGCGAGAAAGGCUGCGUUGGAGUCAUUGGUAAUAGGGUGUGCGAGGAUUGGGACAAAGGGUUCGUGCAAGUCAGUGGCGAUUCCUUGGUUUCGCUCACGAGGAUGGGCUCUUACGCACGAAGCAGAUUCGACGGUGAAGUUAUAGGUAUAACGGGUAGUGUAGGGAAGACCACUACAAAAGCUAUGAUAGCCUUAAUUCUUGAAAGUUCUAAUGGCAAGGUUUACCAGAGUCCUGGGAACUGGAACAAUGAAAUCGGAGUUGCCCUGUCAUUGAUUGGGAUUCCUAGGAGUGCGGAUAUUGUGGUGUUGGAGAUGGGAAUGAGUGGAAAAGGAGAAAUUUUGGAGCUGGCAAGAGUAGCUAGGCCAUCAAUAAGGGUGAUCCUGAAUGCUGGUGCUUCACAUUUGGAGAAAUUCCGCAACUUAGAGGAGGUUGCGGUGGCGAAAGGUGAAAUAUUUGAGGAAGCGAAGCUGGGAGAUGCAUGUGUUUUGAAUGCAGAUGAUCCUCUAGUUGCAGGCCUUCAAAUUCCUGAUGGUGUUAGAAAGGCGCUGUUUGGUCGAAAAAAUGGAUCUGAUAUCCGGUUGGUUGCUGCUGAAGGUACCGAUGGUGGGCUUGGUGUUCAAGUGGUUCUAGAGAAUGUUGAUGAGAUGGUAGAGUUUGUGAUACCUAGCCCAGGCCCACACUUGGCUCUCAAUGCAUGUGCGGCGGCAGCAGUUGGUACUCUUCUGGGAGUUUCUCUUGGUCAGGUCGGAUCAUCCCUGUCAAAGUUCACUCCAGUAAAACAGAGGUCAGAGCUGGAAGUUGCGGAGAAUGGCAUUAAAAUGAUAAAUGAUGUUUAUAAUGCCAAUCCCAUUAGCACCAAGGCUGCCAUUGACCUCCUGAAAGGGAUCGAAUGUAAUGGAAGAAGAGUUGCUAUUCUUGGGGAUAUGUUAGAGCUAGGUGGAAGUGAUAAUGAGUUUCAUGAGUUGAUGCUGAGGUAUUGUCUUGAUUGCUGUGUUGAUAUAGUUGGGCUUGUCGGGAGUCGGUAUAUUAGAGCUGCAAGGAAUGCACCCUUGAGGAAAGAGUCGAAUAUUAUUUAUGCAUGUGAUGCUGAUUCAAUGGCAGUUGAGAUUGUGAAAAUGUUGAAUCCUAACGAUGUUGUUCUGGUGAAGGGUAGUCAUGGAAUGAAAAUGGAGAAAGUUGUUGAAGCCAUUAGGACAAAGGCUACUCAGUUUUACCCAAGAACUCUGAUUAAUUAGAAAGAUGU